GACCUUUGACCCUUUCCGGAUCCGGUCCUGUGGAGCUCCGCUUCCAGCUGGUCGGCAUACGUGUAAUUCGUGUGCGAAAAUGGCCGAGAAAAAGUCCAACCCCGGCACGAAUCUGCUCUUCUCCACAGCUCCCGAGUUCAACCUGACGCUGCCAUUCAUCCCCGUGAGCCAAGCCACGGGCCCGGCGGUGCUGUCGGGAGAUGAUUCAACAGAUGUGGGAGAAGAGGACAGCUUUCUUGGACAGAGUUCUGGGAAUUCCUCGCAGCCCGCCACAUUCAACUACUUCUCAAGUCCAACGAACAGCAAUGAUCCGUUCGCCUCUAUCGGACACCAGACUCUCCCCCCUCCAGCAGCUGCAAUUGGGCCCACAACUUCGGCACCAGCCUGCUUCUCCACCGAGCCGAGCAUUUACCCCAGUGCUUCAGUUCCUCAGUCCAUCCCUGUUUCACAAUUAGGAAAUUCUGCUUUUCAAAAUCCUCAGGCACGAUACACUCCACCACCGAAUGCUAUGGCCCCACCUCCUCAGCAGGCUCAGCAGCAGGCCUACAAUCCCUAUCGCCACACCCCACUGAGCAGUCGAGCUAAUCCUUAUCUGACUCCUCCUGAGAUCCAGCAGCAUCCUGUGCAGCCGCCGCCAGUGGCCUUUUCCCAGAGCCCACCUACUGCCCUUCCUCCUCAGUCAUUCCAGACUGUAGCAGCUCCUUAUUCACAAGCUCCUCCUACACAAGGACAGUCACCACCCCUCCCGUCCAGCACGUCAGGCCCUGUGGUUCCAGCCACACCCAUGAUGCCAUAUUCCUAUAAUGUGUAUGAGCCAGUUCACCCUCACUGGUUCUUCUGCAAGCAAGUGGAGUCAAAGAAGAUAUGGAUGCCUUUCAGCAUCCUUGAUUCCAUGCAGCUGGAAGAAACCUUCAACUCUGUCCAACCAGACCCUGAGAAUGUAGUGGUGUGUACGGAUGGAGGACGGUAUGAUGUGCACCUUUACGACCGCCUAAGGACUGCUGUGUACUGGGAGGAGGAGCCCUCUGAGGUGCGAAGGUGUACCUGGUUCUACAAGGGAGACACGGACAGCCGUUUCAUUCCCUACUCGGAGGAAUUCAGUGAUAAACUUGAGGGAGAAUAUAAGAAAGCUGUGUCCUCCAACCAGUGGCAUCGAAGACUGGAAUUUCCUACUGGGGAAACUAUUGUCAUGCACAACCCUAAGGUUAUCGUCCAGUUCCAGCCCUCGGCGGUGCCUGACGAGUGGGGAACAACGCAGGAUGGCCAGACGAGGCCCAGGGUGGUGAAAAGGGGAAUCGAUGAUGACCACGAUGACAUUCCUGAUGGAGAGUUUCCUCAGGUGGACCACCUGGUCUUCAUGGUUCAUGGCAUCGGACCCGUAUGUGACCUACGCUUCAGAUCCAUGGUGGAAUGCGUGGACGACUUCCGCAACGUCUCCCUAAAGCUGCUCCGGAGCCACUUCCAGAAGGCCCAGGAUGAGCGGCGGAUUAGCCGCGUGGAGUUCCUUCCUGUGCAGUGGCACACAGCCCUGCACGGUGACGCCACUGGAGUAGACAGGAGGAUUAAAAAGAUAACCCUGCCCAGUACAGGGCGCCUCCGUCACUUCACCAACGAGACCCUCUUGGACGUGCUUUUCUACAACAGUCCCACAUACUGCCAGACCAUUGUGGACAAGGUGGCCAUGGAGGUCAACCGCCUGCACACCCUUUUUCUGAAGAGGAACCCCACUUUCAAGGGUGGAGUCUCUGUGGCGGGCCACAGCUUAGGCUCUCUCAUUCUUUUCGAUUUGCUGUCCAAUCAGAAACUCAGCCUUCCACAACAGGUUCCUAUAAUUCUUAAUGGCAAAAAUCCAGUAGAUAUUAAACAGGUUGCCAGCCCACUGUUGCAGACAGAGGACACCAAGAGCCAAGCAGCUGUGGAAGAUGAACCUGCAGAGGAAGGAGAAGAGUUUCCUGACCUUUCUGCUGUGCUGGAACAUCUGAGUCUCUCAGAGUACCUUCAUACCUUUGAACAGGAGAAGAUUGACAUGGAGUCCCUUCUCAUGUGCACUGUGGAGGACCUUAAAGAAAUGGGAAUUCCUCUUGGGCCACGGAAAAAAAUUGCCAAGUUUGUGAAGGAACGGGCCAACAAACAGGCAUCGAGGCAGGCGGCAGCUGAGCGGAAGGCCGCUCUGGAGGCCGAGAAUAAGGCCAGGUUGGAGGCAGAAGCUGCACAGGCCCAGUCAGCAAAGGCCCUUCCAGACUCAGCGCCCAAGAGGCUCCCAGUUGGAGGCAUGGUCUCCUCCAUGCAUGUGGACUACAACUACUUUGAAGUUGGUACAGGACAGGUGUCUGUGGUGUAUCACGCUCUGGACUUUGAGCCUGUGAACUUCUUCGCUCUGGGUUCCCCCAUCGGGAUGUUCCUGACAGUUCGCGGGCUGGAGCGGAUUGAAGAAACCUACCAGCUGCCUACCUGCAAGGGCUUCUUCAACAUCUACCACCCACUGGACCCUGUAGCUUACAGGAUCGAGCCCAUGAUUGUUCCAGACAUAGAGCUGAAGCCAGUCCUCAUUCCUCACCAUAAGGGACGGAAAAGGCUCCAUCUUGAACUGAAAGAAGGCCUGAGCCGAAUGGGCUCGGACCUGAAGCAGGGGUUCAUCAGCUCGCUGAAGGCAGCCUGGCAGACACUCAACGACUUUGCCCGUGCCCACACCGCUUCCACCCAGCUGCAAGCUGAACUCGAGAUGGUGGCCAAUCAGAUAAAGGAGGAAGAGGAGAAGCAGGACAGUGACGCUAACAAGCUGGUCGAGAGCCCAGACUCAGCAAAGGAGGAAGAUCCAGUGGUGAAGAUCGGGAUGCUGAAUGGUGGAAACCGCAUUGACUACGUCCUACAGGAGAAGCCCAUUGAGAGCUUCAACGAGUACCUGUUUGCCCUUCAGAGCCACCUGUGUUACUGGGAAUCUGAAGAUACUGCUCUGCUGAUUUUAAAGGAGAUCUACAAAACCAUGGGGGUCCUUCCGGAGCAGACUGUGCACUGAUGCAGUUCAUUGAUGCAAUCAAACCCAGCCCACUUGACAAGAACUUUUUUAGCGUUGUCUUUUGCCUUUAGAUUGUGCAAAGGCUGGGUUUUGUCACUUAAUAUGCAUUUUCUUUUCGAUUUAAUUUUCUUUCUUGUAGCCUCAAUGUGACUAAUACGGUGGUUUCAGACGUAACCCCUAGGAGGCCUCGUGUUUGGUUUUCAGUUCCACUUAUUCCCUUGUAUUAAUUGGAUAACUUGGAUUAUAUGUACUAGUCACACAUAUACAUGAAUAUGGCAUCAAAGUGCGGUAUUCCGAAGUACUACUCAAAACAUAUUAUCUUUAAAUAUACUGAAUUGUUGCUAAAAACUGAAAUAGCCAAAUAAUGUGACUGAAUAAUUUAGGGAGCAAUCUGGACCAUAAAACUGCAAACAGAAGGCCUGCCAGGAAUUGGGUUUGGCACCUGUGAUUUAAUAAAAUUGUAUUUUUGCCAAUAUGUCUUAAAUUAAGAGAUAAGACACCUGCUGAAUUCCAAAUAGUACAACUAUA